AUGGCACGCGUUACGGACAAUGGAGCUGUCUCAGAGGCACUCGCAGUGACCAACGGAGUGAAGCAGGGCUGCCUCCCCGAGCCUACCCUCUUCGGUGUCAUGUUCUUUGCCACGCUGAUGGACGCCUACCGUGACGAACGCCCAUGGAUCCACAACGGCCACUUCCUCAACCACCGGAGGAUGCACUUCCAGUUGCAUGUAUCCACAACUACCGUUCAUAAACUUCUGUUCGCCGACGACUGCGUCCUCAACUUCACCUCGGGAGGGGACAAGCAAAGAAGCAUGGCCCCGUUCGCCGCCGCCUGCGAAAACUUCUUCCUGGCCAUCCGCACGGAUAAAACGGUGGUUAUGCAUCGACUAACAUCCGACGCAGCCUACGUAGCACUCCAAAUCAACAUGAACGACUUCCAACUGCAAGUCGUGGGCAACUUCACCUACCUUGACAGAACCAUAACCCGCACCACCAACUUCGACGAUGAAGAGGCCUGCCGGAUCUCCAAAGCCAGCCAAGCCUUCGGUUGUCUGCAAAGCUCAGCCUGGAACCGUCACGGUCACCAUCUCAACACUAAAUUGAAAAUUUACAAGGCGGUCAUCAUGCCGAAAUCACUUAUGCAGCGGGGACCUGGACGGUGUACAUGA